CGCACGAGGUCUUCGGCACCUUUGUGCAGAGACUCGUCUUUUCCGCCGCUAGGGUGGAAGAGAGGGUUACGCUGCUCAUGGCGGAGAUUAAAGAGAGGGGGGCAAACAGGCGGGAGGCGAGAGAGUGUAUAGAGGGGUACGGCGGUGCUGCUGUAGAGCAGUUAAGGUUUCUUCAGUCGGGUGCUAAGGGCUACGCUGCUCAUGGCGGAGAUCAGGGAGAGGAGGCUCAACAGACGGGAGGCCAGGGAGUGUAUAGAGGGGUACAACGAUGCUGCUGUGGAGCAGUUGAGGUUUCUUCAAUCGGGUGCUGAGGGUUACGCUGCUCAUGGUGGAGAUCAGGGAGAGAGGGCUCAACAGACGGUAAGCGCUCCAAGCCCCGCUUCGCUAGCGCCUCUCACCACAGUGCGUGUGCUCAUCUCCUUAAAUUUACCGACGGACAAGGUCGGGAACGCUGCGAAGAAGGGGAUGCCGUUUACAGACAGAGCGACAGAGCCGCCAAUCGAGAAGACCGAUCACGCCCUCCGUGCCGUCGUCCUCACCACAGCCGAUAAGUGCAUUAUAUACGCUCUUGCAGAACAAGAUCAUGGUGCACGGCGAAGGACAAAUUCGUAUUGGCCUGCGUCACAAAGUGAUCUGCUUCCUCCUGCCGACGACGACACCCCGAUUGACACUGUGCGUCGCCGACUUACUACUCUCGAAAUUUGGACUUGGCUCAAAAGUUUUUCCAGACGAAGACGAUCCUCAGACUGAGACACUAGGUUUCCUUGAACCUACGGCUAUUGGCAGGAUUCGAAAGCUUCGGUGAAGAAGCUGAUGAAGAAUAUAUCAUCCAUAAGCCUCCGCAUGUUUGCCCCUGCCACCUGAGUCGGGGCUCGUGAAGCUGCUCAACUUCGCAGACACCGC